AUGGGGGUGCCGGUGCCCGGGGAGAACGGCCCGCUGGGCGCGCUCUGGAAGAGGCUGAGCUGCCGCGGCGUGGGGGCGGCCUGCAGCCGGGGCGGCGGCGGCGGCGGCGGACGGCGCGGCCUGGACGAGACGCACCUGCUGCAGCAGAAAAGGAUCUGGGAGUCUCCACUUCUACUGGCUGCCAAAGAAAAUAAUGUCCAGGUCAUCAGGAAACUGACCAUGGAUGGAUCUUGUGACGUGUAUCAAAGAGGUGUUGUGGGGGAGACGGCGCUUCACAUAGCUGCCCUCUACGAUAACACAGACGCUGCGGAGGCUCUCAUGGAGGUGGCUCCGGAGCUCAUCAAUGAGCGGAUGACAUCAGAACUCUAUGAAGGACAAACGGCUCUCCACAUUGCCGCAGUCAAUCAGAAUGUAAACCUGGUGAAAUCUCUGCUCAGGAGGGGGGCUCAUAUCUCUACUCCGCGAGCUACAGGACUGUUCUUCAGGCGAAGCUCCCAAAAUCUCUUCUAUUUUGGGGAGCACAUUUUAUCUUUUGCAGCCUGUGUGGGAAACGAGGAGAUCGUUCAGCUACUGGUUGCAAAUGGAGCCGAUAUCAGAGCUCAGGAUUCUCUCGGUAACACAGUUCUUCACAUCUUGGUUCUUCAGCCCAACCGGACUUUUGCCUGUCAAAUGUACAAUCUGCUACUGUCCUUUGACAAACGAGAGGGAGGUCUGACGCCCUUGGACUUGAUCCCAAACAACGAAGGCCUCACUCCAUUUAAACUGGCUGGCAUCGAGGGUAAUUCUGUGAUGUUCCAGCACCUCUUGCAGAAGCGAAAGCACGUCCUGUGGGCUUUUGGGCCUGUUACAACCGUUCUCUAUGACCUCACAGAAAUUGACUCAUGGGGUGAAGAGCAGCCUUUUCUUGAGCUCAUUGUGUCCACUAAGAGAAGAGAGGCCCGCCAUAUCUUAGACAUGACCCCAGUGAAAGAGCUUGUGAGCCUGAAGUGGAACAACUACGGCCGCCCUUAUUUCUGUUUCCUGGGGUUGUUUUACAUCCUCUACAUGAUCUGCUUUACCCUCUGCUGCUCUUACAGACCUCUGAAAGACCGUCCAGGCAACCAGACUGAUGAGCGGGACAGCACCCUCUUGAUCCAGAAAACGUUGCAGGAAUCGUAUGUGACCUAUGAGGAUCAGCUCAGGCUGGUGGGCGAGCUGAUCACGGUGAUAGGAGCCCUGGCUAUUUUGCUGCUUGAGAUUCCAGAUAUUCUAAGAGUUGGAGUCGCAAAGUAUUUUGGGCAGACUAUUCUGGGUGGACCAUUCCACAUCAUCAUCAUCACAUAUGCGUGUAUGAUCCUGGUGACGAUGGUGAUGCGCCUCACAAGCAUGGAUGGGGAGGUGGUUCCCAUGUCCUUCGCACUGGUGCUGGGUUGGUGCAACGUCAUGUAUUUUGCACGUGGGUUUCAGAUGCUGGGCCCCUUCACCAUCAUGAUACAGAAGAUGAUAUUUGGAGAUCUUAUACGCUUUUGUGGGCUUAUGGCGGUUGUAAUACUUGGCUUUGCAUCAGCCUUUUACAUCAUCUUCCAGACAGAAGACCCCAAUGCCCUGGGGCAGUUCUACAGCUUCCCGAUGUCUCUCUUCACCACCUUUGAGCUGUUCCUCACCAUCAUUGAUGGACCCGCCAACUACGAGGUGGACCUGCCCUUCAUGUACAGCGUGGUCUACUUUGCUUUUGCCAUCAUCGCUGCUUUGCUCAUGCUCAACCUGCUGAUUGCCAUGAUGGGCGACACCCACUGGCGCGUGGCCAAUGAGCGGGAUGAGCUUUGGCGUGCUCAGGUUGUUGCCACUACAGUUAUGCUUGAGCGGAAGCUCCCACGAUGCCUCUGGCCUCGCUCUGGUAUCUGUGGACGAGAUUAUGGGCUAGGAGACAGGUGGUACCUCAGGGUGGAAGAGCGCCUGGAUGGCAACAAGCAGAAGAUGUUCCGCUAUGCAAAGGCUUUUCAGAACCAUGACAAGGAAGAUCUCGACAAGUUGUCGGUGAAGCUGCAGCCAGAAGAGGGUUUUCUAUUCAAGCCGGAACCAUCUCCCUCCGUCUCACGUAGUACAUCUCAAAGUAGCUCCCACCGUGGUUGGCACAUCCUGCGGAACAGUACCUUCAGCCACCUCCGUGGAGAAGUCAACCCUGCCAUGGAAGAAGUCAUCUACCACGUCUGA